AAUCUUACCCAAACAAACGCUAUCGGUUCGCGUAGGCAGAUCAGGGUAGGCUAGCUCUCUCUGACCGCGCCAUGUGACUUAUUUUUUUAGGGUCAUGCUCCUAAUGAGAGAGUAACCCGCCGGCUAGGGGGACUGGGAGUAGGUUGGGAGCGUUAACUGGUUAAGUAACAGAAUAGAAGAUGAGAGAGACACUGGGAUGUGUUUUGAAAGGAAAAUUGUGCUUCUGGAUGUUUUUGGGGAGGAAAAAUGUGUUUCUAGGUGUUUCUGGUGUGUGUGUGUGUGUGUUGCCUUGUCUUUCGUUGUACAGAUGCUUAUACAGUGUGUGUGUGUGUGUGUGUGUGUGUGUGUUAGAUUUUGCCUUAGAGAGAGAGAGAGAGAGAGAGAGAUCUUUCAUUUAAAACCACAAAAUGGUGAGUAAUGUUGAAGAGGAAGAAGAAAGGAAGAUUAUGAGGAAGAAGAGGAGAAAGAAGAGGAGGAAUAGGAUUUAAAUGAAGGAAAAUAACAGGGACAAAGUUUUAAAUCAUAUUAUUCGUUAUUUCUUUCUUUAUUCAGUAUUUCCUUAUUCCUUUCUUUAUUUUCGUUUACUUCCUCCUCUUAUCCUUUUUCUGCCAGAGGAGGAAGGGGAAGAAAGGAGGAUGAGGGUGAGGAAGACGAGGAAGAGGAAGAAGAUUAAAUUUCUUGCAUUUUUCUUAGACAGUCCUCAGGAUGUCAACAUUGUAUAAUGGUACAGUGUUGAGACAGGGACGGUCGCGUUAUAAUUCACUAAUUGAGGUUACUUUUGAUAAAUAAACAACUAGUACGGAGUCUUUUAAGUAUUUUAGAUUAUCUUAUACCGGAAAAUAUUAAGGAAAAGUGGCGUAAAUAAGAAAAAAAAGGCAAAGAUUAGAGAUGUGGGAUUUUAUAACUUGUGGUAUCUUAAAAUACUAGUAUAAGAUAAACCCUAUGCAAAACGAAUAAUAUAACCUUUAUUAAUCAUCAUAACCUAGAAAACCGAUAAAUAUAUAUAUAUAAAAACCAGUGUAAUUAGUAAAAAACAAAAAAACUGUCCCUUGGAAGUGAGACGGCCCACAGAGUCGCGCCAAAAACGUGGAUCUACAGGCCAGGCAUCUUAUGUUUAACCAGGUGUACAAGGUGCUGGCUUUCAAGGGCUCCUCCACACCUACAGACACACGCACACACCACCAGAUACAGGAAGAAUUAAUUGAUGAGCUACAGAACUACAGCAUCGUUCAGGUGGCAGCCGGAGACCAGCACUCUCUUGCUCUCACCUCCUGGGGCCUGAUCUACGCACGGGGUGACAAUGGGUACGGUCAGCUUGGUGUCAACUCCUGCGACAGUCACACCGCCACACGCAAGCUUGUCAAGAGUCUGGCCAGGAAGGUGACAGUGCAGCUGGCCUGUGGCACCAACCACACCCUUGCCUUGACUGCUGACAGUGACAAAAUACCUUCGGCCAGUUGCCACUUAGACACCGACAGGGGCCCCAGAAGGACCCUGCCCUGGUGACCUCCUUGGCUGGCACCCUCUUAGUCCUGCUGGCCGCUGCGGGUCACCACUCUGCUGCCGUGACCCAGGCCGGCUACCUGCUGUUGUGGGGGUCAAACAAGCAGGGUCAACUGGGCUAUACUCCCAAGGGUGAUCCUCUUGUUAGGGACUUAACACUAAGGCUGGUUACUGUGUACACAAAUGUGGUGGUACAAAUACUGAAUUCAGCUCACCAGUCUAGCUCUGAGAGACCGGCGUGCCCUUGUGUCUUCCCUGCGGCUGUUGUCCCUGGUCCACGGUCUGAACUUCCAAGCCGGCUGCCGAGUGGGGCGGUUGAACUGCGACGACUUUUACAUCCCAGAAAUUGCAGAGAAAAUUGAUAUUAGGAAUGAUUACUUGAACUGGAUGAACAGCAGGCUUCACCCGAUGUCCAGGAGGGAGAGUCCAAUCCUGUUGUGUGAGUAUCCAUUCUUGUUCGACCCUCAGGCCAAGACGCUGCUGCUCAGGUGUGACGCCACUCGUCAGGUGAGAACCAGGGCGAAUGUUUCCCAGACCACCCGGUCAUACGCACGUUCUGGGAAGUAUUUCACAAACUCUCCCUGGAGCAGAAGAAGUGGUUUUUGAAGUUCCUGACGGGCACUGACAGGGUUCCUAUUCUGGGCAUGAAG